AACGCUUUGGUUUUGUGUUUUGAUUGCCUGAAAUUUGUAGACAUUGCGAAACAUAGGGUCUCGUCGCGCAGUAGUUUUGCAUUUACCAAUUGUAAUAGUUUUGUAUGUGAACUGAAGAAUACGUUUUGUUUUCCGAUAUUUAAUGUGAGAUAAGCGCUUUGAAUGUACGUAUUGGCGUGGGUUUUUAACGCAUACGCACUAAUUUCACAGUCUAGUACUAUUGAGCUGACGUUGUGUGGCCAUGCGGCACAAUAAAUCGGCACAUAAGCGAAAGCCAUCGACCCCCAGGCGCCGAUCUCCCCCAGAGCCGCUACCGCCUCCCUCGACAUCCAGAGCCCGGCGCACCAGCGGACCCUCCGAAGCGUCCCCGCGCAAGAAACACAGGUUUCGCCCUGGCACUCGAGCUCUGAUGGAGAUCCGCAAAUAUCAGAAGUCUACUGAUUUGUUGCUGCGCAAGGCCCCGUUUUCAAGACUGGUGCGAGAGGUGUGUCAGACAUUCAGUCGAGAACACAUGAUGUGGCAGGGAUAUGCUCUAAUGGCUUUACAGGAGGCUGCAGAAGCAUUUAUGGUCCGUCUGUUUUCUGAUGCCAACCUCUGUGCCAUUCAUGCCAAGAGGGUGACAUUGUUUCCACGUGACAUACAACUCGCCCGGCGAAUCAGAGGUGUUGAAAACAUGUGAAGUUGGAUAAUCUUUGUUUUGUUUUUGUUUUUUGAUGAAUUUCCUUACAGACACCUGUAAGGACACUUUCAAUAUUUGGUUGCAUGUAAUCUGUUUUCAGACCUCAAAUCAAAUGUUAAAAUAGUUGAAUAUAUGCAGCCAAAGAAACCAAAUGUUCAUAUGGCAUGGGAGUGUACUGCUAUGAACUCCUUUUUAAACAUUUUUAAGAAUUGUAAUAUAAAGCAUUUUAUUUUGUGUUGUAAAUUUGCAAAGAAAAUGUUUGUUCUGAUGAUGUUUUUUGAUAAUAAACUAAUAGUUGCAGUA